AUGGAUGAUACCUACUUCCCUGAUGAGCUUUGGCUCAAUAGGGAAAUCCAAUUCACCUCUCCUUCAACCUCUGCUUGGAAACUGACCGUGAAAAUCAACGAAAACAUCGGGCUUUUGAGCAAGCAAGAAUCCGAGGACUACCAAGCCACUUCCUCGUCUAUUGCUGAGUUUGAAUGUCACCGCUCCAGUGAUCCAACUCAGCAGGCACGAGUUGCAAUCUACAUGCAGAUCCCGAAUAAGGGAACUCAGGCUCUGCCCCCCGAUAUGCGCCGUAGACAAGCUUCUGACGAGGUCCCUAAGAGCUUACAAGAGGAGCAUGAAGCCUACGAACGCCUGGCUAGUCACCAUUUUACUCCUCAACUCGUCGGCUUCAAGCACGAAAAGCAAGAUGUUAACGGUCUGGUUCCGGACGGAUUCGUGUCUUACAUAGCCUACACCAAGGUUCCCGGCGUCGCUCUGGGCCUGAGGACUUACCGCUUUGGAGAUGGUUCUGACAUCCCCGACGUCAAUGUGGCCUCAGAUGCGCCCAGUACUAGAAAGCCAGGACAGCGUAUCACGCAGUAUAGCAUUCCCGAAGGGUUGUUCUGGACCAUGCGUAGAAGUGAGAGAGACUUGAUUCGGGACAAAUUCAACCUGAUUUACAGCUACAUUGACGGUGUAUUCGUGCCAACAGAUGGAAUGGUUACCUCGCGCCCGCGGGAUGUGGGCUCGUGGGGGUUGGCUGUGUUUCCUGAUAGACACAACAAGGGUCUCCAGGAUAAAAACGACACGGAUUUUGUUGCUGCAGGCUGGAUUCUGUAG